CCUAACCUUUCAAAGGAAAAGCACCCACCAUUAGAACAAGCCAUGGAUGAGAAGAUGAUGACUGCCAGUAGCAGCCCAGAAACUAGCACAAAUGAAGCCACUACCUCUUCAACUGUCCCAAGCUGGAAACUUUACGAGAAUCCAUUUUAUAAUUCUCAACCUCAACAUCAAAACCACCCAGGAAAACAACCACAAUGCCAUAUUAGCACCACCAAGAACCAACAUUGCCUUCACCUCCCCAUCUCUGCUCGAAAGCUCGCUGCUUCGUUCUGGGAUCUCACAUUUUUCAAACCAGUUAUGGAGACUGAAGUAGAGUAUACAAGAGCCCAGAUCAUGGAACUGAAAUCUGAGCUUGAACACGAGCGAAAGAUGAGAAAGAAGUUGGAGGUGAUCAAUAAGAAGCUUGCCAAAGAGUUAAGUGAGGAGAGGAGGGCGAGAGAAGCGAUUGAAAGUGUGUGUGAAGAACUAGCGAGAGAGAUUUCAACUCGGAAUUCAGAGAUCAAUAGUAUGAGGAAGGAAAUGGAGGAGGAGAGGAAGAUGCUGAGAGUGGCUGAGGUGAUUAGAGAAGAGAGAGUUCAGAUGAAGCUCUCUGAGGCCAAGUUUCUUUUUGAGGAGAAAGUGUUUCAGUUGAGUUGCAAACCAAUACAAACCGAGAAGACUACUCCUGCUUGUGUUGACAAUGAUGAUCCAAUUUGCUCCGAUGUGGUUAGGACCAACUCGAAGUCCGGGGCCUGCCGUGAAAAUAGUGGUGGAUUUUCAACAAUGGCUAUUCAGAAAAGGGCUUCACCGGAAUCGGAGAAUCCACACAUAAAGAGAGGGAUCAAAGGGUUUGUGGAAUUUCCCAGAGUGGUACGAGCAAUUGGGUCCAAAAGUAGGCAUUGGGGUACAAAGCUGGAGUGCCAGAAAGCUCAACUGAGGAUUCUACUGAAGCAAAGGAGCCCCAUCAGAUCCAACAGUCUUAUUAUCAGUUAGUUCCUCUUUGUUAAGCCUCUGUCUUAUUUGUUGAUUAACAUGUUCUUUGUUAAUCAAUGUAAAAUGUGUUCUAUCAACUCGAGUAUGAUUUUUAAGCAUGUAAUAGUUCAAAGAGGACUGCAAUAGGAAAGUGUUGAAAUUUUGUGCUUAAUUAGGUGCAUAUUAGUGUUUGCAAUUUGAAAAGUAAUUGUUUU